AUGAAGUCACCCCAGAAGGUGAUCGACAAAGCCGUAAAGGCACUCGUAGCGGCAGGAACACCGCACCAACUGCCCCAGAACCAAACCAUCGACCCCAAAACCCUCCCCCUAUGGACCUUCGUCGGCUACCAAGACGCGCCGACCAACAAAACGGCGCGCUUCCGCAUCAACACCGAGUCCGCCCAGUACAACACCUACGUGCUCAGCCACGUGAUCGCCCAAACCGCGCCCAUCUGCCCGGGCACGCUCGAAUGCGACAUGAUGAUCGAGGCGCUGUUCAGUCUGCACGCGGACGCCCAGGAAAACGGUCUGCAGCCCGAGAUCCGCGACCUGGUCAACCACACGCCCAUCUGCGUCGACCCCUCGCGCACCGUCUACCUGGAGCUGACGGCGCUGUACAAGAAGCGCACGCAGUGGAGCGCGCAUUUCCUCAGCGUCGCCAACGGCGGCGGCGAUGCCCAUAACCCGCAGACGCACGCCGAGGCGCGGCUGCGGCUGCGCGCGGCGGGCGAUGCGGAUUAUCUGCGUGAGUUUGCGCAGUUUGAGCGGCUGGUUAGUCAUGGGCGGUGUCGCGAGUUGCUUGGGUUGGGGCUGGAUGUGGAGGGGGUGGAGGUGCUGCAGGGUCGUGGGGUGUACCGGGCGUUUGAUCCGGUGGUUGAGUAUGGUGAGGUGUACCGUGGCGUGCGCUACCUGGUGGGCCGCGGCAACGAGUGUGCCGGCCAUGUGCAGCUGCCCGCGCGGCACCGUGGGGAUACGUGGUUGGAUGUCGCGUUGAGUGACAGUUUCAGCCAGGUGGGUGGGUUGUGGGUGAAUUUGAUGACGGAUGUACCGCCGGGGGAUAUGUACAUCGCGACGGGGUGUGAGGUGACGAUGCGCGCGCCGCGGGCCACGGCGCGGGGUGAGGGGGAUGUGUGGCAUGUGUAUGGCCGCCAUGCGCGCCAGAGCGACAAGGCGUACACGACGGAUCUGUUUGUGUUUGAUGCCGCGACCGGGUCGCUCGUUGAGGUCAUGUUGGGCCUGCAGUAUGGGCGGGUGGCCAAGGCCUCGAUGAGCCGGAUGCUGGCGCGCAUGACUACGGAUGAAACGGUGGUGCGGACCAAGGCAUCGUUACCGCAGCUGCCGGCGACGAAUUCUUCCCCUCCAGCUACCGCUCCGGCCCCCGCCAUGGCUGUUGUCGAGGCGAGCCGUAACUCCAAGAAGCGGAGCAAGAAGACCGAAAAGAAGGAGGCCAAGCCCAAAAAGACACAAAAGGAUUCCGGAUGGCGAGACAUUACCGAAGAGGUGCGCAACCUUGUGGCUCACGUGUCCGGCAUUGAAGCCAGCGAGAUCGGGCUCGACUCGGAAAUGGCCGACUUUGGUAUCGAUUCCCUGAUGGGAAUGGAGCUGGGCCGGGAAGUCGAGUUGACGUUCAAGUGCAAGCUGGACCAGGCCGAACAGAUGGAGGCCACGAGUCUGCGCAAGUUUGUGGCGGUUGUGGCCAAGGCUCUCUUUGGUACUGAUCAGCCCGCUGAGGUGGAGGACGAAGCCAGUGAAGCUGAAGACGAAGACGAUGAUGAUUCAUCCUCCACUGGUGAAGGAGGGACAUGGUCGGAGCCAAGCCAAGAAGACGGAAGCAAAGAGUCCUCUGGUUUGCAGACGCCGGAUUCGAGCAGCUACACCCCCCCGCCGGAGAAAGCCCAGAAGGCCGGGCCCGUGCCAGGCAACCUAAAGCCCCUAAACGCACCAACGGCGCCGCCAGCCGUGAGCAACCUGGUACUAUCGCCCGCCGACGUGCUCGCAGCCUUCGGCGAGGUGAAGAUGGCCACCGACAGCCUCAUGCGGGAAUACGAGAUCGACAAGACGGAAAGGACCCUCCUUGCGGGCAGCAACCGUCUCUGUGCGGCGCUGGUGGUGGAGGCCCUCGACGAGCUAGGCUGCCCCAUCGGCACCGCCGCGGCGGGCCAGCCACUCGAACGGGUGCCGUUCCUCCCGCAGCACGGCCGCCUGAUGCAGUGCGUGUACGAGUUCCUCGAGCGCGACGCGCGGCUCAUCGACAUCGACGUCGCGAGCGGCCAGCUGACGCGCACGCACGUGGCGGCGCCGCGCAAGACGAGCCAGGCCAUCCUCGAGGACCUGCUGACCAGCCAGCCCGAGUUCGCCGUGGCCAACCGGCUCGCCUACCACGCGGGCAAGCAGCUGGCGGGGGUGCUCAGCGGCAAGACGGACGGCAUCCGCGUGCUCUUCGGCAGCCCCGAGGGCCGCGAGGUGACGGCGGCCAUGUACUGCGAGCACCCGUUCAACCGCAUGAGCUACCGGCAGAUGAGCGACGUGGUGGAGGGCCUGGCGGAGCGCAUCCAAAGCCGCGGCGGCACGGGCGAGACGUUCAAGGUGCUCGAGAUGGGCGCCGGCACGGGAGGCACCACGCUCGUCAUGGCGCCGCUGUUGGCAUCGCUCGAAGCGCGCGGCAUCAUGCGGGUCGAGUACACUUUUACUGACCUGUCGCCGUCGCUGGUCGCCAAUGCUCGUCGGCGGUUCGGGAAGAUGUAUCCCUUCAUGCGGUUCGCAGUGCAUGACAUCGAGAAGUCGCCGGCCGAGGAGUUGAGGGGCCAGCACCUGGUACUUGCCAGCAAUGCCAUCCAUGCCACGCACAACCUGGUUGUCUCGGCCUCGAAUGUGCGCCAGGCCCUGCGGCCGGACGGCUUCGUAAUGAUUCUAGAGAUGACCGAGGUGGUCCCCUUCAUCGACCUGGUCUUUGGGCUGCUCGAAGGUUGGUGGCUAUUCGAUGACGGCCGGAAUCACGCAGUUGUGCCGGCCGAGCACUGGGAACGUGAGCUGCACACUGCAGGUUUUGGGCAUGUUGACUGGACCGACGGGAACUUGCCCGAGAACGCGGUCCAAAAAGGUCAUUUUCGCGAUGGCUUCAGAACCCCAGGGUCCUCGCCUACCAAAGGCCGCCCCGGAGCAAACGAUGGAACUCGACCGAGGUGA